UCCACGGUGGCAGGUGCACGGGUUGUGAGUGUUACGGAUCGGGCAAUAUUUUGCAUUGUCAAUAGCACAUAUUUGUGAUUUUUGUCAUUCGUUGUUAGUGCUUGCUUAGUAAAUUGUGCAAUUUGUAUGAAAUUGCUAACGAAAUGAAACGGAAAUUGUAACGUGCCUUAUUGAAAUUAAUAGAAAUAACAAAUAUCAGUAAUAAUGAAUUGCUAAACCUGAUCGGAUAUAUGGUGCAGACAUGUAUGUACAUAAUAUGAGUUGCUGAAGUCAGUAGCUUGGUGGCUCAGUGGUACAGUGGCUCAGCAGUUUGCAUGAGCAUUUUGCGUGUCCGUUUCGAGUGGUUCUGAAGAAAAGUGAAUGAAGUCGAAUGAAAUUCGAUAGCGAGUGGUGCGAGCGAAAAAUAAAAAAGCGAGUACGCUCCAAGUUAUUAUUCGUGAGUACCUUAUACAUGGACAUACAUAGGUACUCACUUAUCGGUGUCCAUGAAAUUAUAGAGCAAUUCGAUAAGAAGGUGUUUCUUUUGCCAGUGGCUCGCUACAAUCGUUGCUAGAGCUCUCAUCUGUGCUGACAAAUGUUAUUGGUGAACCUACUCUAUUCGAAUAGAACGAAUAAAAUUACCUGCAAAAUCAAUCACAUAGCGUCUGAUAUCGAUAUCUAAUCGAAAGGCAUAAACCUAAUACUGGCCCCAACAACAACGACAACAUCGUCAACAAUAAUAAUAAUAAUAACAAUCACAAAUAACAAAAGAUGUGUGCGAUAAAUAUGGUAAAAUAGUAGCUGCCACUAACUAACCACAACAGCAACUGUAAACAAUAGCAACUAUCUGCCCAUCCGGGGAACGUAAGAAUAACGCCCGGCGUGUGAGGCUCGCACGCAACUGACCUCCUGACCCCAUCUGUCCCUCAUCCGGCACACCCACACCUGUUCGCUUGAAGAAGAUGGCCUGUUUUCCACGUCUCUUCCAUCACCGGAGUAAAAACAAAUUUACGCCAUCUCAAGAUGAGAACACCGACACGAUACUCAACACACCUGAUAGUCCCGUGCAAAUUGGUCUCUACAUUCGACGUGAGGAGAAACCACUUUACACCCCCAUUCUAACGCCCAAUGCCAGUGAGGCGCAAUUGCAGCGCCUAAAACAACAGCCCAUAGCAUCUGGCUCUGGCUCUGGCUCCGGGUCCAACUCUAGCUCCGUUGGCCAAGUGCUUCAGGGCGUGUCUGAAAAUGUGGCUAACACUGUGUGUGACGAUGCCACCGACAGCUCGGCGAGUCUGCAGCAGCAACAGCCAAAGAAGUUUCGCUCCAAUAAGAAUAGGCUGCAAGCCGAGGAGAAAGAGAAGCAGAAUGAGAAAGGAAAUGGUAAUGGGAAAGUCAAUGGUAGUGCAAUUAAUGUCACACGUACCAAUUCAAAAUUAAAGCCCGUCAAAGAGCGACGACCGACGGCGUUGCCGACUGAGGCGCCCAUCGUGGAUGAUGGCGCCCAACGUGAGCAUUCCGAUGAAGAAAUGGAGAAAACGCUGGCUGUUGUUGCUGUUAUGGACGACAAGUCAAAGUUCAGGGUGAAUAAGAAUGGCAUAAUUGAUGAGAGGGGCGACAAUGACACGCUUGUCAACACCUCGUCACCGACUACAUCUACAACAUCGACACCAACAGCACAGACACCAACCACAAAGGCAAAUGUAAAAUUUUUCAUUGGUCAUACACAGGAACUAAAUGCUGAGCAGCACAAUGAUGACACUUUGUCCUGUCACAGCAACGAUGCCAACAACAACAACAGCAGCAACCACAACAAGUUAACAAAUGGCACAUUACCACUGGAUCAACAGGGAUCUGAAUAUGAGCAGCGAUGUCUGGAGUCCACAGGCACGACAAUGCCGAAAGCACCCGCAAAGAGUUACAGUAACGUGUCACUCAAUUAUUUGCGAAGGUCCAAAAGUACCAUGGCCACCGUGACAGCGGCCAGCAGCAGCAGCAGCAGCAGCAGCAACAACGGUGGCAACAACACCAGCCAACGACGACGUGUCUCCACCAUGCCCAACAUUAAUAUACCACCGCCUCCGCCGAUGCCCGUCGAGCUGUUGAAACCCGUGACACCGAUGCAUUUGCGCAAGAAACGAAGUGCGGAACGUCAAAGCGACCAACACAAUGAGCCUCAACAGCAAGAGCAACAGGAGCAACAAACUCCCUCAAUAGACACAAUGCUCCAUGCUCCAAGCAGUCAGGUUGAGUUGGAAGACAGCAAGAAGGGCAGUAGCUCAAUGACGAAGGAGACGACAACGAAACUCCAUCGCGUCGAAGGUGGCCUUAUCUUUGUGAGACCAAAUUUGCCAGUGCAGCAGAAUAUCAAAAUCGAAUUUAAUGCCAAGGAUGAAGACACACGCAAUCUCAUACUCAAUGCCAUCGAACACAACGACUUUCUCAAUAACCUAAUGGACAAAGAGCGCAAGGAGAUGGUCAUCAAUGCUAUGGCGCCGGCGAGCUACAAGAAGAACAGCUACAUCAUCAACGAGCAUGACGAGGGCUCCGAGAUCUAUGUCUCCGCCGAGGGUUACUAUGAUGUCAUACAAGCUGGCCAGCAUGUGGGCAGCUUCGGACCUGCCACCGUCUUUGGCGAACUAGCAAUACUCUACAAUGCACCCCGCAAAGCCACCAUUAAGGCGGCAACCGAUGCAAGGGUUUGGAAGAUUGCGAGAGAAACCUUUCGGGCCAUCAUGCAGAUCUCGGGUUCCAAAGAGCGAGAGGAGAAUUUGCAGUUCCUACGCUCGGCGCCCUUUCUGCAGGAACUCGAUGAGAGUCUGCUCAACAAGGUUGUGGAUCUACUGCAACGGAAAUUCUACGAGACUGGCAGCUGCAUUGUACGCGAGGGGGAGGUGGGCAAUGAGUUCUUCAUCAUACGCGGUGGAACGGUGACCAUCAAGAAGAAGGAUGAUGCUGGGCAGGAGCAGGUGGUGGCCAAGCGUAAGCGUGGCGACUAUUUUGGAGAACAGGCGCUGAUGAAUGCGGAUGUGCGACAGGCCAGCGUCUAUGCAAAUGCACCUGGCACAGAGGUGCUCAAGUUGGAGCGAGAAGCCUUCAUAAGUUAUCUGGGCACCAUUAAGCAGCUAAGUGAGAAACCGGACACGAAUGUCAAUUUGAAUGGUCGCUCAAGCAAUAGAAGCGCCGAGUUUGAUAAUGAACACGCUCACAUUGCACUCUCGGAUUUGAAAAAAGUGGCGACACUGGGAUCUGGUGCAUUUGGUCGUGUGGAUCUCGUCUCUUAUAGCAAUCAGACAUAUGCGCUAAAGAUCAUUAAAAAGAUCGAAGUGAUCAAGCAGGACCAAAUUGAGCACGUCUACAACGAGAAGAAUGUGAUGAUCAAGUGCCGCAAUUCUCCCUUUAUAGUGCAACUCUAUCGCACAUACCGCAAUGAGAAGUAUGUUUACUUUCUCAUGGAGGCAUGCAUGGGCGGUGAUGUCUGGACUGUGAUGUCGAAGCGACAGCAUUUCGAUGAUAAGACUGCCAAGUUCAUAGCUGGCUGCGUUGUGGAAGCCUUCGACUUUCUGCACUCUCAUCACUUUAUCUACAGGGACUUGAAACCAGAGAACCUGAUGCUCACAAGCGAUGGCUAUUGCAAGCUGGUUGACUUUGGCUUCGCCAAGUACGUGCGACCCAAUGAGAAGACAAACACUUUUGCCGGCACACCCGAGUAUGUGGCACCCGAGAUAAUCCUGGAUCGUGGCCACGAUCGCGCCGUUGACUACUGGGCCUUGGGCAUAUUGAUAUUCGAGCUGUUGGUUGGUAAAACGCCCUUCCGCGGCAUCAACCAAAUCAAAAUUUAUCAGAAUAUACUCAGUGGCAUCGAUGUGAUCCACAUGCCCUCGCGAAUACCCAAAUUCGCCCAGCAUCUGAUACGACAUCUGUGCAAACAGUUGCCCGCCGAGCGACUCGGGUAUCAACGGAAAGGCAUAGCGGAUAUCAAGCGACACAACUGGUUCGAAAACCUGGACUGGGUGCGACUCAAGCAGAAGCAGCUGCCAUCGCCCAUCAAGAGAUCCCUGAAGAGCUUGACAGAUGUACAAUACUUUAUUCAUUUAGGCGGCGAGAACGAUUACGAGCCGCCUGAGGAACUAAGCGGGUGGGACAAGGACUUUUAGUAUUGCGAUUGAGAUAUUGUUGUGGAGUACUGUAGAGUUAAUUAAGUAGUCGACAAGCGAAUACAUAUGUCGAAAUAAGUUGUAAAUAAAUUGAUAUUACAAUUGUUGAAAUUUUCAACUUUAUUAUAUUACGCCACCAGUUAAAGCAAUCAGAACAUUGAGAUGUCGACAGUUUUCACAGUUCAGAGCGAGUUGGCAGCUUAUUUGUUUUCACCACUUCAAUUAAUAACGCCAACGUGUUUUUGUUGUCUGCAACACACAC